AUGGCUGGUGGUAACAAAAAGCCGAUCAACAUCUUCCGGUUGAAGCACACGGGCGAGCCGUCCGAGGUGUUCAACUGGAGGCUCUGGUUUGCUGUCAUCUCGUUCGGCCUCAUGGGUGCUGCUCGCGGUAUCGAUGAGGGUCUGAUCUCCGGCGCCUUCAACUCGAAGGAUUUCCAAAGCUACAUUCACUACAGUUCCUACAGCACGGUCGAGCAGACCAACAUCAAGGCCAAUGUGUCUGCCAUGGUCCAGAUUGGAUCCGUCGGUGGUGCUCUCUUUGCCUUCCUUGUCUGUGAUCGCAUUGGCCGUAUUUGGGCGACGCGUAUCCUUUGCCUGCUCUGGAUCCUCGGUAUUGCUAUUUUCAUGGGUAAUGGUGGCUCUCUCGGCGCUGUCUAUGCCGGUCGCUUCGUUGCUGGUCUCGGUGUCGGACAGACUGUCGUCGUCGGUCCCGUUUAUCUCGCCGAAAUCGCCCCUGCUGCCAUUCGAGGUCUCUGCACGUGCGUGUUUACUGGCUUUGUCUAUCUCGGAAUUGUGCUUGCGUAUUUCGCAAAUUAUGGCUGUGAAGUCAACCUGGGCGACAACACCCACAACCGAUGGUUGGUCCCUACCAGCCUGCACGUCAUCUUCGCCGGACUGAUCAUUGUCCUCUCGUUCCUGCAAUACGAGUCGCCGCGAUUCCUUGUCAAGAAGGGUAAGAUGGACAAGGCGAUUCACAACCUCGCCCGGAUCCGCGGACUCCCCGAAACCCACGAUUAUGUUGUUGAGGAACUCAACAACAUCAAGCUCUCCCACGAGAUCGAAAUGGAAGCGACUUUGGGAUCGGGUCCGAUUGGCGUCCUCAAGGAGACUUUCCUGGUUCCCAGCAACCUGUACCGUGUCUACCUCGCCCUCAUGGCCCAGGUUCUCUCCCAGUGGUCCGGUGCCGGAUCGAUCACUGUCUACGCCACCGACCUGUUCGAGCUCCUAGGAGUUGCUGGCACAGAGGAGAACCUUCUGGUGACCGCUGUCUUUGGUAUCGUCAAGUUUGUGGCUGCCGUUAUUUGCGCUCUUUUCUUGGUCGACGUGAUUGGCCGCAAGCGCUCCCUGCUUCUGGGCAUCACCCUCCAGGCCAUCUCCAUGAUCUACAUCGCCGGUUUCCUGACUGCGGUCCCUGAAAUGGGAGUCGUGGAAGGAUUCGUGCUGCCCGCGCACCAGAAGGGUGCCAGCCGCGGCGCCAUCGCGAUGAUCUACAUCUCCGGAUUCGGCUGGGCCCUAGGCUGGAACUCGAUGCAAUACCUGCUGACAGCCGAGCUGUUCCCGCUACGCAUCCGCGCCAUGGCCACCUCGCUCGCCAUGACCCUCCACUUCGCCAACCAGUAUGGCAACGCGCGCGCCGUCCCCAACAUGCUCCUCCCCGUCGCCGAGGGAGGCAUCAGCCCCAAGGGUACCUUCUGGUGCUUCGCCGCUGUGACCAUCGUGGGUGGCAUCUGGGUGUGGUUCACUGUCCCGGAGACUGCAGGACGGUCGCUUGAGAGCAUGGAUCGUCUGUUCUCGCUGCCGUGGUACCGCAUUGGUCUACACGGUAACAAGGAUGCCGAGCUCCAGGACCAGGUGCUGGAUGAGAAAACCCAGAGUUUCCACGACGACAACAAGGACCACUCCGGUUUUAUCAACGUCGAGGACGUCAACCGCCCCCGCUCCCGAGGGCAGCAAGGUGUUUAA